AUUGGCAAAAGAAAUUUAAUUCUUUUUUCUUGAAAUAUUAUCAAAUUCGCUAAAAUAGAAUGAAGACAAUUGUCAGUUUCUUAACUCUUCUAGUUCUUGUUUUAUCAUGUGCGUCAAUUAUCAAGGCAAAAUCUUAUUUGGAAGAGAACGCUCAUUCUUUCUAUUCAGCAAAAAGCCCCCAAAUUAACUUUAAAAUAGAUGAAUUUCCACCUGAUGAACAUCUUGGAGUUUCGGCUUCUAAAAGUUUAACUGGUUUCUGUCAAGAAUGUGUAUAUCAUUGUUUGAGAAGAAAACGGGUUAUUGGUGAAUGUCAACGUUUUGUUUGUCAUUGCUCUAGACAAGAAAUUGGUGUUGGAUUGUAAGUUUUUUUUCUUACAAAUAUUUAUA